AUGUGCUCACUGCAGAGAGCCAGAGGCGCAAUUCACUAUGACGAUUUACCCUCUCAAGGUUUGUGUUGGUUCACUAUUCAUGGGCGAAUGUCCUCUCACAGGGAUAGGAUCGACACGUCCGGUGACAUUCGUGAAAUCCUCAGCCGCUUAGAUGGCAUCGAGACAAUACUCAAGGCUCAGUCAGAUCAGAUCUCAAGGAUUGCCAAGUCCCACAUCGGUGCUUAUGCUGUCCCCGAGGCCUCGCCAUCAGGCCACACAUCUGCUCCUGCAAGAGAGCUUCCGAAUGCUACCAUGCCCUCACCCUGGUUAUUCUCCGGAUUAGACAUGCAACCAAAUCUGUCAGAACUACCGCCCACUGACAAUACCGGUCAAACACAAAACAUCCUCUAG